AUGGUUUUCAAAUCGUCUAAACGACGCUUUUUUGGGUUCGUCUGCAUUCUGUGUAAUGUUGUUGUAGUAUGGUAUAUUGAAUAUCAUGCUUCAAAGAAACCAUUGUUAACGAAAGACAGCUCAUUUUACCACGGCUCCAGAAAGCAAAGGAAUACAAUUGUGAACAUUUCUCGAGAAUACCAAGACAAUGAGAGUGGAAUGAUAGGAAACAUGAACAAAAUUAUACAAAUAAUGAAUGACAAGUAUACAAAAAUAUUUCAUAAGUCUACCGCGGAUAAGGUUUUGGGAACAAAGAACGUUGACAUUCAAAACGAUUAUUAUCCGUUUGUUGAUUUCAUGUUCGUUUUGUCAGAUAUGUCACCCGAAGUUAACAAGACACAGAAAUAUUUGAUGAUGGUUUUGGUCAAUUCUGGCGCCAAGGGCGACGAGUUUCGAAAACGUCGCGAGGCUAUCCGACAAACCUGGGGAAAUCGAAGCAAUUGCGAACAACGUAAAGCUUUGGGAGAUGAAAGACUGAAAGAUCUAAAGUGGCUACUCGUAUUUGUUGUUGGAAAAGCAGGAUCGGGAACGAACGAUGAUGAACUAAACAUGGCUGAAGCUAGACAACACAAUGAUAUGUUGAUAGGAAAUAUCACGGACAACUAUAUCAAUAAUGUUAACAAGUUCUACAUGGGUCAAGUGUGGGCAAGUACAUUUGAUAUAAAAUAUACAAUGAAAACAGACGAUGAUGUUUAUGUGCGCAUACCACGUGUGUUGGAAUAUCUUGUCAAUGCUAAGUUUCCAAGACCAUUUUACGGAGGGAUGACCUACCCUUCUAUCAGGGUAAAUCGAGAAAUUAGUGGUAAAUGGACAGUUAGUUGGAGAUACUAUAACGAGACACACUUUCCAAGGUUUAAUCCUGGUGCGUUCUUUAUUUUAUCCAGCGACCUUCUCAAUAAAUUGUUUAAUUAUGUCUGUAUACGAAAACCAUUUCACACAGACGACGCAUAUGUAGGGGUGGCAAUGCGAGAUUAUAAAGUAAAUAUAACUAGAAUUGAUUCAUUUCGAGUUGGGCCUCGCAUGCCUAAAUUUAUACGUACUGUAAAAGACUGUGAAAUGUUACGCUACAACGCGUUUGGGGAUUCUGUUGACCCAAAAUCGGCUAGAGAACUUCACCGCCGUCUACAGUCGCAUCUGUGUAGCAAGGACACGUUUAUAAAAUGUUGA